CGAAUAGGAGCAAUCAGACAAGGAAAGGAAAGACUGACCUCUGAGCCGGAAGACCGCACGCAACAUGGUGUUUGGGGUGUCGAACGACUCGUCUCGGCGACGCGCGUAAGGCUGUGCAGGCGGCGGGGGCGGAGUAUGCAGGCGGAAUGGACGGGGAGAGGGAGAAGGGACGAGAAGAGGCAAAGGCAAGGAGGAGGAGGAGCACAAGAGGAGGAGGAGCACAAGAGGAGGAGGAGGAGCGACAGGGACGGCUGAACGCACGCGAAACACGAUCAGGUGAGGACAGCACGGGCGCUACUGACCGUGACCGUGUCUCCUCCUCAGAGUCCUCCUCGCUGUCUGCACGGACGGCAAUACUACACCGCCAAGCGGCUUCACCAAGUGGUAGCCCUGCAGCGCGUGUCCCGUUCAUUGUCACGGCGCAGUAGCUUCGUCGCUCACUGUCUUCGGCCACGAGCUGCUCAGACUACAACUUGUUUGUCAACACCGCGCGAUGCCACCGUCCGCUCCGAGUCGGCUUCCGCUGGAGCUUUUGGGCGUGAUACUUGAACAGCUGGCGACACACGCUCAUGCUCAGGAUCUGGAAGAUGGUGACAUCAGUCUCGAAGACAGUCGCAUUGCGCGUACGGCUCUCGCUAGGUGUGCACGGGCGUCCCGUACCUUCCACGAGCAAGCGAUCAGGAUUCUCUGGAGGGAACAGCAGAUGGGCCACGCCUGCGACGCUGUCCUGUCGAACUUUGAUUUCGGCUCUGUCAAGUGGCCUGAGCAGGACGAAGACACCUGGGGAGGAGGACCAGAGUCCGAUGACGAGGCGAACGAUGAUAUGGCAGUGGGGAUCGAUCCGUAUGACUAUCCUUUUACCUAUAAAUACUUGUCAGGACCCAUCACCACGGAGGAAUGGUCGCGCUUCGAGUACUAUGCCCAGUUCGUCCGUGUGCUCCGCUACUUGAACGAGGAGACGAUCGACCCCUCUGUCUUCUUUUACCUCCAGCAGCAUGCCCGUGGCAAGCCGCUUUUCCCCAAUCUGCGCGAGCUCGUAUGGGAACAUGCCACGCCUGAGGUAGUGUCCGUUAUCACACCGACCAUCCGUGUUCUUCACCUCCCUGAAGACCAUGCCGAAGAGGAGAACGGUUCUCAGUUGCGCGAGUUUGGGUACCGCAUGCGCCGACAUGCGUUCAAACAACUUCUCCCUAGUGCCCUAGAGCGUCUCCCGGAGCUGCAAGAGCUCAAGCUACGACCGCUUGGGCAUGAGGCCUUCUGGAUUCCAUUCACGUCGACGCCCCACGGCCGCUUCGUCAUCCAGAACAUCCGCAGUCUUCACAUAUGCGAGUCGCGUCGCGCCCUCAUGAGAGCGGCUCUCGCAGCCCUGUCCACUAUCAGGACACUCACCGACCUCGAGGUGUUCCUCGACGAAAGAGGCGGUGUUUACAGUCCAGAGAUGGACUAUGGCCAGGCUACGCCACCCGUCGGUGCGUUCGCGCAGCUGAAGCGCCUACAGAUCGACGGGCGAACGACGUCGGUGGCCGCCGUCAUCAGUGUGAUUGUUGCGCCCAAACUGGAGGCUGUGGAGUUGGCCUGCGGGGACUGGCACUGGGACCCGGAAACGAGGGAUACCGUCCUGGUGGAGGACGCACUCACCGUGAUCUUCAAUCACCUGCGUCGCCGAACUGGAACGACUCUGCGAAAGUUUCACCUCAGCCUCCGUGAAUACAGCGGAGAGUUGUUUCCGAAAGGGACAGCACCCGGCACACGUUUCCCCAUAUCGGCGGGUCCCUUGCUCGGGCUUUGUCGCCUUGAGGAUUCAUGAUACACCAGUACAGACUGAGCGGCGACAGGGAGUACCUAUGUAUCAAUGUCCCAGCCUUGGUGGCGGCUUGGCCGACGUUACGGUUCCUCACGUUACCAGGCCUCGCCGUCAACAUGGAGUCUCUCCAGGUCAUCUCGCGCACAUGCACUCGACUUGAACGUCUGACGGCCAAGUGCCUAUCAUGGUCCUGGUUCGACGU